CGCCAUCAGUUUCGAGCCAAGUUUUCUGCCAUGCACACGACCGAACUUUUGUAGUAACUUUUUUUUUACGAACUUAGUUUUAAGGAUAUUUAUUACGAACUUAUGUGUGCUUUAGUGUUUUGUAUGUGUUUGUUAUUUAUUAUGAGAAAAUCGUUUUUGUGAAUCUUCGUAACUUAUAGCAAUAGAAACUACGACUAGCGAAAUGUUUUCGGUCGAAGCCACGAUCUCUGCCACAGUGUCGGACAACGAACCCCCCGCGACGAUGACGACCCUCCCCGACAGUCCGUCCGACGACGGUGAGCAGUAUCGUGCUUCUACGGAGGCACGACUUGCCACGACCACGGCCCCGCAGGGGAUGAAGGAGAAAUCGUUCUGCGAGGUCGCUGAAGAGGGGAAGACACACCUGAAGGAGACCCAGGAGGAGAAGGAGAACAGGAGCACGCCUUUCCCCUUCUUGAGGAUGCCCAAGCUGAAGCGAGAGAAGUCCUACACGGAGACGCUGGAGCGCAAGAAGAAGAGAGUCAAGUUCUCCCCGAACGACGACGACGACGGCCUCAUGGUCGACACGCGCGUGUUCGAGGCCCACGCCGUCAGCGCCCACGACGGAGACGCAGACGACGGGGCGCUGUCUCACAAGAUCAAGAAACUUCUUAAGAAGCGCUCCAAGCGGAAGAAGUCAAGCAUAGAGACACAGACAGAUGAAAACGACGACGGUCAGAGUCGAGAUACCACAAAAGCGACUUUCCUUAAAGAUAAGCAAGAAAUUUCCUCUAGUCGAGACUGUGAUAGGACCAGGGAACCAUUCCCUUCAUUCCCUGAGGGACAAAAUAAAUUUGAAGUUGACGUAAAGCACCAUGUUGAUGCAAGUGACGUCAGCUCUCCAGACUGUGAUGCAACAGAGCCCUCAGCCGCAACUGCUUCGGGCGGGUCCCCGAGCGCAGCUGACAGUGCCAAUCAUGACGUCAGUGUGGAAGCAGGAGUGCCAACGGUGCCAAUUCCUUCGACGCAGGAGAAUGAAAACGACCUGUCGCCGCGCGUCGAAAACGUAAACAAAACAGGUUUCCUCGUAAAGGAACAUGAUUUGCAAUUAAUAGAUAAUGAGGAAACCGCACCGGCCAACGCAGAGUCCUCCGCGAAAACAAAUGAAUGCGAGAUUUACAUCGUGGAGGGCCCUGUGUUGGAAGGCCAAGAACUCGAAAUAUGUUUAAAUAGAGGAGAAGAUGAAUUCCACGCUAGGCAAUUAAGUAAGGAAAAUAUUCAUUUAAUUUCCUCGAUAGAGGAAGAAUCUAAUCCUACCUCCUGCCAAGCAACCGUCAAGCGCGAGGGAACCUUUACCCUUGACGGCCCCCCUCCAGCCAAGAUCACGAAGUCUUCCUGCGACGCUGUCGGAGAUGCCAGCCAGGAGUCCUCCCUUCAGGACGACUCCAGAGAACCCGUCAUAUUCUUUGUUGAGCUUGACUCAUGCGAAGUGAAGAAAACAGAAGAAACGCAGGCGAUGAAGGCACGCGCAGAAAGAGGUCCAAGUAGCAGGUCAAAGAGUCGUUCCCCACAGAAGCCAGCCAAAAACGACGUCAGAGCAAAGGACGUGAGCGCAAAGCCCCAAGAGCAAAGCUCGACGGUAACAUCGCUCAAGAACACGGCCAAAAGAACUUUUGUGAGCGCCUGGAGAACAGCCAUGAAGGCGCAGGAUUCUUCCGAGAAAGGACCGAAGCUCAUCAGGACCAGGGAUGCUGCGAAUUCUAAGUCAUCCCCUGUCUCAGAGGAAGAAAGGAACACGAAGGUUUUAAGAAAGAAAUCCGACCCCAAAGUCCCGAAGAGCGUCACCUGGGAUAAGAAAGUGACUUCGAGGGAACCGCAAGAGAGCUCGAGGCCGAGUCGGGAUCCCUUGAGGAGCCUGCACCUGCAGCCGCUGAGACCGCUGCCGGAGAGGAGCUCCAUGUGGUCGGGAGUAUGCCUGUCGUCCAUGAGGCGAGAGGGAACCUUCACCAAGAAGUACGACUCUGAAAAGGACCGGCUACAGGCUGAGUGUAACAGACUCAACGUCGAUAAAGAAAGACUUCAGAGCGAACUGUCCGAGGCACGCACAAGGCUGGAGGAGGAAAUAACCGCCAGGAAGGCACUGAGGCGCACGCACGAACUUAAUCUGCGCCAGCUGAGAGAGGGAGAACUCAGGAGGACCGAAGUACUCCUCGCCGACCUAAGAAACAGGUUGGAGGACGAAAAGCGCGAGGCUCUAGACCAGCAGAAAGGGGCGCUGACGAGAAUACACGAAUCCGACUUGAUAAGGGUAGAACGGGAGAGAGACGAGGAUCACCGGAGGCUUCAGCAGGAGAACAAGACGGCGCAGGAGAAGCUGAGGGCGGAUAUGAGGAGAGAAGUUACACGGGUGGAGCCCCCGCAAGUGCAGUGCUGCCAUUCUACCGAUCGAGAUUUAGAUAGAUUAAACAGAGAUCUGUCAACGCUGCGCGAGCACAAGAAACGACUGGAGGAUGCAGUAAUGCUGGACGAAGUGCGCUCCAAGGACCGCUCGAUUGGUCAGCUGGAGCGCCAGCUGAGCGCCCAGUCCGCCAAGAUCCGGCUUCAGGAAGAAAAGGCUCGGGAGGCCAGCAACGAUCGCACGGAAGAUGCUGCACGAAAACGCACGACUCGCGGCGGAGGCUCUGGGGUGAGCAGCAAACGACAGAAGGAGGCAGCCACCACCAAGGAUGGCCGAACCCGCGAGAAGGAAUCAUGCGCCAGCGCCACCGGCCCCGUCAACAACAACAGCGUCAAGAGCAACCACAAUGCCAGCAGAGGAUCUCCUGAUGUAGGGGCUGAUGAUACUUGCCAGAGGACACGUGCAGCGCAGGAAGAAGGGGCAACACCGGAGAUGGCAGCACAAGUAGAGGCGCUCUCUCAGGAGGUGGAGCAGCAGAGGGAGCUGAUUGAGCAGCAGAGGCAGCAGAUUGAGUUGCAGCUACAGGAGUUGGAAGAGACAGCGAAGGAGUUAGUCGUGGAAGCGGAAAGGGAGGAAUUGCAACAUCAAAUCGAAGACAAAAUUCAUCAGGUUGAGGAGCAGAAAUUGGUGAUGGAGGCACAAAAACAGGUGAUGGAGGAUCAGAAGCAGGUGAUGGAGGAGCAGAAGCAGGUGAUCGAAGAACAGCAGUUGAGAAUUGCAGAUCUGGCGGAGGAAUCGAUGGAACGCGAGUGCCUGCCGCCAGUCCCCCCGCCCCCCGCCUGGCACCCUCGGAGAGAGUCUUGCGUCAAGGUAUGUGAGCUGCCCACCGUCCUGGAGCAGUCCAGCGACGAUGAGGUCUCGCCCACCACCUCCCCGACGCUGCAGCAGAGCUACACCCACGACCUGUACUCGGAAUUCGAAAUGCCCGCGCCCUCGACCUUCCUCACGCCCACCAGUCCUACCACGGAACCGCCCAUCUGGCCGCAGAGCGUGGGAGAUCUGCUCUGCAGUCAGUAUGAGCAGCUAUCGAAGGAGCACCAAGAACUCCAGAAGUCCUACCAGUUACUGGUAUCUACCUCUUCAGCCAGCUCCCCCGCCGUUGAUCUUAAUGGUAAAGAAGGUCCCAGUGAGUGGUGGUCAGCAGCUCGUGUGAUGGAGCUGGAAGCACAAGUUUCAACGCUGAAGGCAGAGUUGCAGGAAUCCAGGGAUCAUGCUGACCUUCUGGAGUUCCGCAUUUUGGAGUUCACCGAGGAAGAUAGGGCUUCCGACUCGGGCUCCUCUCCGCAGACGUGCGACCAGUCAACGGCCACCGAUCUGGAUGACGUCAGCAUUCCCGCGACCAAUGAGGAUUUGUCUCUUCCACUCUCGAUAGAUUCGGGGCUCGAUCUCUCCAGCGAUUAUAAGAAGGCGCGCGUGACGGAGGGGCGGGCGUGGCUGGCGCAGCUUUCCCGCGCGACGGGCGAGGCGGAGGCCGCGGCCCUCCACCACCUCGCCGCCCUCCUCGACUGGGUGGCCGCCCUGCCCGCCCACGCGCACCAUGCCCUGCCUUCGCCCAUGAGCCCCACUCUGGCUGCCCCCACGCCCACGCCAAAGGCCAAGAUGGGCGUGGAGGAACUGGGUGGUGACCUGGGUCGGGAUCUGAUGCUGCUGGCCGCCCGCCUGCAGGAGACGCUGACGGAGCCCGCCGCGCAGGAGGCCGUCCUGCUCGACACCAUCGCGAAGUUGCGCGUGCUGGACUCUUCGCUGUCGGAGCUGCAGUCGCGUGUCGUGACGCUGACGGAGGAGAACCGGGAGCUGCAGGAGGCGGUGACGAGCCUGAGCGAGGCGCACGAGACGCGCACGGAGGCUUCGGGCACGGAGAGCGAGCUGGUGCACCGCAAGACGCCCUCCAUCCACUCCGACCUCAGCGACUCCGAGAGCGACGCCCCCGAGCACGCGCAGCACGGGAGCGUGAAGCUGGUGACUUCCCUGGACGCCUCCACGUCCUUGGACGCCACCACCAGCUUCCAGGAGUCAGGCAUCUUCGACACGUCAUGCGAGCUGGUGCAUGUGACCACGCAGACCGACCUGUCCCAGGGCGGUCCGCUGCCUCCCUCCGGCCAUGAGCUGAAAAUGAAGUCAGAAUGCGACCUGCAGCAGGCGGAGAGCGACCUUCAGAGCGCGGUGGCGCGCCUGGCCGCCAUCCGCUCGGCCGUGCAAGGGCGCGACCUGCGCCACCUCAGGCUGCAGGACCUCCAGGAGAGCGACGAGUACCUGAAGGCGGCCCUCGACGAAGAGCGAGUCAUCCUCAGCAAGGCGGAGUAUGAUAGCUUCGUGGAAGGCGAGCGGCGCCUUCAGCACGAGCUUGAGCACCUCAAGUGCGACAAGGAGCAUUUGAGCGUCGAGUGCGAGUCACUCAAGAACCAGAUCACGUCGCUCAAGACCGGUGCCCGCGGCAGCGACGCGGAGGAGGCGAUGAAGGGCGAGAUCCGGGUGCUGAAGCAGCGCCUGGCGUCCUCGGAGAGAGCUCGACUAGCGGUGUUCGAGGAGAAGUGCGAGCUGGAGGAGGAGGAGAACGACUCGAGGCUGAUGGUGCAAAGGCUGGAGUCGCAGAUGGAGGCCGCGAGAGAGAUGGAGAACCUGCUGAGCGCGUCGUUGGCCCAGGAGCAAGAAAUCUCCCGGGAGCUUCACCGCCGUGUCAGGGACCUCCAGAUCCUGGAGAAGGAUUACCGCGGCCGCCUUGACAAGCUGGAGGCCGUGACCCGCAGGACAGAAGAGAAAGCGUCGGCCUUGGCUCAAGCCCGAGACGCCCUUUCGCAGCAGCUCUCCUUCGCGGCGUGGGGCCUCGUGGCCGCCGAGUACUGGCGCCAGCUGGUGCCGGAGCCGUCCGCUGCCCUCGUCCCGUACGGCGGCGACCCGCUGAAAGUGUCUCCCGCAACCUACCCCACGAAAACCUUCCUGGAAGGGCGUAUAUUCAAGAGGGAACGCGACCCUCGAGAAGCCGAUAAUGAUGUGUAUGUGUGUCCCCCCGUUGUGUGUGAUGUCUGUGUUCAGACUUGUCCUAACGUCAUAGCCGAUGUCGGCGUCCAGACCCAAAUGGCGAAGCACUCUGCUGAGGUUCAGUAUGGUGGCGAUCCAGCGCAGCCGGCGGGAGGGUCCGAGGAGGAGCUGUACGAGUCCGCCAGGAAAAGGGCGAGACACCUUGAGACCAGGACCCAAGCCACCAUGACAGUGGACAACACCGGGCCCACAGAGAGAGAACAGUUCUACCUGGAGCAGAUUGAGUCUCUGCAGAGGGAAAAGAUCAACCUCCGCAAGGGUCACGACAACGAAAGGCGCGACUCCUUGCAGCAGCACAGCGACCUGGAAGAAGAGAUGGAGGCAGUGAGGCAGCAGCUACAGGAGGCCGAGCGCGACAAGUGCCACCUCCUGUUCCGUCUUGAAGAGGCUCAGGAUGAGCGCGACGAAGUCAAGAAGAAUUUACUAGUCAGAAUAGAGGAGCUGAAGGGCGAUAUGUCCCGCUACAACGACCUGUACGAGCUGGAGAAGAAGGCCCUUCGCCGGGAGUACGAGGCUCGCCUGGCGGAGCAGGAGAAGGAGCGAGGCCGCCAGGACGAGCGGAUGCGCCAGCUCGAGCACCAGCUGUCCACCUUCAGGCAGGAACUGGAGAUCGUCGGAGUUUCCAUCGCGGGCGACCUCGUGGAGUACGACACUGGUUGCGAAAGCGUCCUGGGCUCGAGCCGGAGGGCGUCCGCCAGGGCUGGGGACGGCGACGGAGAACUUGUGGAGAAGAUCAGGGAACUCGUCAAGUCAGAGACGGCCCUCAGGCAGAAGAUUUGCGAUCUUGAGAAAAAGGAGUGUGCUUAUCGCGAGACCAUCCGUGAAGCAGACAAGAUCAUGUCCAGCCAUGUUACCUCGUACAAGCAGAGGAUAGAAGAGCUAGAAGCCUCGAUGGAACAGCAGUCCUCCAAGAUCCAGCAGCUGGAGGCCUCCGAGGAGCGCCUCAGAGCCAACCUGAGGAACAACUCCAGGUCCAGUGACGGCGCUCGAAUCUCCGACCUCCUGGACCGUCUGAUCGAAACGGAGAACUCGGAGCUGAAGCUCAAGGAACGCGUCUGGGGCCUCGAACGAAGUGAAAAGGAACUGCAGAUCAAGCUGAUGGAGGGCGAGAAGAUGAACCAAUCUUUGCGAGCAGAACUGCGGGACCAAGAGGAGUUGGUCCAUCGUCUCAUGACGCUAGAAACUGAGAAUAACGCUCUUUCCGCAGAGAUCAACCAGGCCAAAGACUCCGCCCGCAAGAUGAGCGAGGUGCAGCAGAACGAGAGCUACCUUCGAGGCCGAGUCGAGGAGCUGGAGAUGACCGAGAACAUGCUUCGCGAGACCCUCCAGCAGGCCGACCUCAUCCUAGCUCAGAGAGAGAAAAAGCUCAGAGAUCAGGUUUCAUCCCUUCAAGAGGAGGUACAGUCAUACAAGGCCCAGCUUGAGUCUGCGGCGUCCAAGGAACAUGGUGCUAGAGAAUGCGAGGUAUCUUAUAAGAAGCAACUGGAGGAGUUAAAAGCCCGACUUGCUGAGACGGAGCGACAGCUGAGAGAGUCAUCAUCCGAGACGAACAGUCAAGAGACUCAGCACCGUUCUGAGGUUACAAAACUUCGUAAUCAGCUUAAAUUAGGGAACUCACAGCUUAAUGAGCUUGAGAGGCUUAACUGUGAGCUGCGUGACCGGGUGCUGGCAGCAGAGGCGCAGAGCGAGCAAUUAGCGAAAGAGUUGGAAGAGCAGUGCCGUCGCCACGAGCAGGAUCUCCUUACGCUUAACCUGCAGGUAUCCGCUGGGGAAAGUCAUGUUAAGGAGCUACAGGGCCAGCUCGAACAGCUGAGCCAUGAACAUGCCGCUAGUGAGCUGGACGUCCUGGCUGCCUCACCUAUAGCUCCGCUUUAUGCUACCAUUACUUCUCUAAUAACUGCCCUCAAGAGCUGCGAGUCCUGUAGUGAGACCCAGAAGAGCACGUUGGCCGAGGUGACCGCUCAGCUCGGCACCCUGGCAAGCUGCUCGAGGGCAGGGCCAGUAACUCCGACACGGACGUAA